AUGGACCCAUUGGGGUUAUUGCCAGCUGAGCUGGUGUCCCUGCCCAUGAAACGCAUAGGGGGACUGCACCCCAGGAUAUGGAUGCGGGUCUUCGAGUACCUAGUCCCGGAGCCCGUUCACAGCGACCCCGGAUAUUUGAACAUGGACCAGAGCAGCCGCUCCGCUGCGGGCGAGUGGCAAGACUUCUUCGAAGACCGGGAGGACCUCAGGAGCCUGUGCCUGGUUAACAAACACUUUGACCAAAUGGCCCGCCCGCUCCUCAUGCGGAACGUGUUUAUCAGCAACGAAUAUGCCACCCUCGGGCGCCUGCUAGAGCUCCUAGUUUCCAGGCCGGAGCUCGUCAAGUACAUCCGCAGUUUCCAGACCGACGUGUCGGACAACAAAAGCGAAUACCAGUUCGAGUUCGAAGGCUGGUGGUUUCUGAGGCGGAGGCUGCUCCUGACCGCGAAGAACUUGAUGCGCGUCACGCUCAUGGGGGUCUUGGCCAUGGCCGAGAACGUCGAGACGCUGUCCCUGCGCUUUGCCCACCCGUUCGACACGUACUCGGAAGGGUUGUGGAAGUGGUUCAUCAACUACGACGAAGUACUCACGUCGCAGCUGGCGCCGCGCUUUUCGCCCGCGGCGCUGACCAAGAUCAACGUCGAGUACGGCUUCUUCCCGCGCGGCGGCAGCGUCGUCACCUUCGACCAGUUCUCCCGCAUAGAGGAGACGAAAUUCACCCACCUGCUCACCGACUGGGGCGCGGCCAUGCCAAACACGGUCUUCUCCCGCAUCCUGUGCAUGCCAAGGAACAUCCUGCGGCUCAACGCCAUGGAGCACGUCGACAUGGCGACCUUCCUCGACGGGCUGAAGCGGCUCCCGUCGUUUGCGCCCCUGACCAAACACCUCGACGGGCUGGCGCGCAUCGGGUCCAUGGCCAAGCACCUGGCCACCAAGUACCUCGCGGCCGACGCCCAGCGCGACCUCGCCAAGCUGCUCAAGCUGAUCGAGAGGCAGCGCUCUCGCGGGCGCCCCAUCGUCAAGGCCAAGCGGUGGACGGUGGAUCUUGUGGACCUGCCCAUCAACGUCGAUCUGCCGUGGAAUAAAAUGAUCGGCGAGGACCUGCUCGAGCUUAACAUGAUCGCCCGGCAGGGGUACCUGCAGUACUCGCCCGGCGACCUGGUGGUCGCCCUGGCCCGGGUGCGCUUCUACGGCCUCUUCGUGCCGACCACCUACAGCGACACGCUCGAGGGCUACCACGAGCACGUCCGCCUCGGCCUGGGCCCCAGCUUCGAGCUGUACGGCCCCGAGCUGCAGACGCCCGGCCUGGAGUGCCCGAGGCUGCGCGAGGCGACGCUGAGCAUCGACCGGUUCCUGGGGCUGUUCCGCCACUUCGGGGCCGUGUGGCGCGACUACGCGCGCUACCACGGCAGCACCCCCGGCGGCCCGCCCACCAACUGGUCCGCGGACCCCAGCACCCCGGCCCUCAGCACCGGCCAGCCCACGGACCGCGACCCGCUGCCCAUCCUGCUGCAGUCGUACAGCGACCUGCUGCCGGCGUCGCUCGAGCAGCUGACGCUGGUCGGCUGGAUGGCGGCGCCGGCUACCGCGCACGCGCGCAUCGAGGCGCGGCGACGUGCAGGCCACCACGCGCUGCUCGAGAUGCCGCCCGAGAGGGGCCCCGUGCACUGCACCAUCGGGCUGCUACUCGUGGCGCUGGCGCCGUACAUGCGGGACUGGAUGCCGCGGCUGAAGAAGAUGGUGCUCCGGUUCGAGGGCUGGGGCUCGCCGCGCGACGACGCGUGGUGGCGCGAGUUCUGCCACCUGGACAUGCCCGAGGUGCCGCGGGGCGUGUUUGACGCGGUCAAGAAGCCCCUCGACACGCUGAUCGACGCCUACAAAGCUGUGGACAUGGAGGUCGCCUUUUUAGUUGCGGGCGAUUGGUACUGCGACGGCAUAAUGAACGAGGAUCAUCCAGACCACGAUGACGACUGUCACAUGAAUUCGCGGUUUAGAGACGACGAGGGUGACGGAGAUGGCGGCGACGGUGAUGGCGGCGACGGUGAUUGCGGCGGCGAUGAUUGCAGCGGCGAUGAUGGCGGCAGCGAUGAUGGCGGCGGCGAUGAUGGCGGCGAUGCCGAUCCAGCCGAGGGCUCGAACAAGCCCGCCAAGGCUACUGAUCCCACGAAAAAGGAUCCGGCCGAGGGCUCGAAAGAGCCAGCCACAGCCCAGGACCAGGAGGAUCCCACGGAAGAGGAAGAGGAGGUGGAUCCGGCCGCUGACUGCAAUCUGGCGUACGAGGGCGACGAGGGCGACUGGUCGGAGCACGAUGUUGUGAUGCACAAUAUGUGCAGAAACAAGAGGCGGAAGAAGGAUGAUGAAUUCUGCUAG